AUGGACAUGGAUAUGGACCUCGAUUUGGGUCCGGAGCCGGAGUUCGAACAGCCACCCCAGCCGAUUAUCACCGAUGCGCCAACACAAGAAGAGGUGGCGGAUCCUCUCACUGAGGAGGCCGUCUACGAAAAAGUCCACGUUCGCGGGGUCGAUGAAAUGACCACCGACGACAUCAAACAAUUCGCCAGUACACACUAUGCCAAUGAGGUGCCCUCCCGCGUGGAAUGGAUCGACGAUACCUCCGCCAAUAUUGUCUACUCUUCCGCCGAGGUGGGCCUUCAGGCUCUCGCAGCUUUGACACAGGUCGGCGAGGAGGAGGGCGACGGCGCAUCCACCCUGCCACCAUUGCGCCUACGGUCGGCCAAGCUUCUCUCAACCCACCCCGACUCUGUCUUGCAAGUGCGAUCUGCCGUCAAGACGGAUAAGAAACAGUCGCGUGCCCACGAAAAGAGUCGUUUCUACCUCAUGCACCCUGAACACGACCCCCGCGAGCGCCUGCGACAGGAAAUAUCUGGCCGGCGACGAGGUAGUGACUCAAGCGAUGGGGACUAUCGGCGACGUCGGUUCGACGAUCGGGAACUGCGCCGGCGUAGGGACCGUGAUCACGAUGACCGCUUUGAUGUCAAUAUGUAUGACGACCAGCCCCAGGCCCAGGCUGAUGGCCACUCUGACUCCGAACGUGGCCGUGGCCGUGGAGGAGACCGGAGACGGCGCCGUGGUAGAGAGCUCUUCCCGGAGGAUGAGCGCUCGUCCGGCCGGCUUCGCAACCGGAGUGCGUCGCCUGGCCGAGACACACUUGACGAUGCAGACCACGUCGAUACUCGUCGCAAGUUCCGUGAGCGAUCACCAAAGGGCCGUGGACGAAACCAGGGCAAAGAGCUCUUUUCAUCCAAUGACUCGGGUGCUCGUGAACUGUUCCCCAACAAGCCGUCCUCCAGCUACCUGAAGAAGGAGCUGUUCCCCAGCAGGCCCAGCAACCACCGUCGUUCAGAUGCCUUUGACGCCGCAGAUGAGACGCCCGAUCUUCUAGGACGAAGAAUUUCCGUCCCAGUUGUCGAUGGUAGCUCGGAUCAACGAACUCGCAAUGUCGAGCUUUUCCCUACCUCGUCUUCUCGGGAGAUCUCUCGCACAGAAGACCAAGGCUUUGCGAUGCGGAACUCGGGGCCCGGCAUGUCGAUCAAAGGCCGAGGCUCAUCAGUUCGCGAGCUCUUCCCAACCAAAUUCGGUGACAAUGCUGAAAAGGAGUUGUUCACUGAAAAGCUCCAGGGACGCGGGGGUCGUCGCCGGCGUGCGGAGGAUUUGUUCGGCUGA